AUGAUAUUAGAUCGUGCUUUAAAAGGAGAAGUAAGAGAAUGGUAUCAUGGAGAAUUUGAUAAUAAAAAUUGGAUGUUAGAUAAUGUACUUGACAAUUCUGCUAUAGGUGCAACAAUAGCCCAUAUUAGAGGUGCUAAUGCCGGGGCUAUAACAGGAGCAAACGCAUCUUUUCCAAAUAUUCAAGGUGGAUUAGCAGGCGCAGAUAUUAUUCCUGCUCGAAAUAUUUCUGAAGAUUCGACAAUAGCAGGAGGGCAUCCAACUAAUGUAGCAGUAAAUGCACCAAAUGCCAAUGCAGGGAAUUCAAUUGUUUUAGCAGGAAUAAGAUUAGGACAAAGACUUGAUCAUAUGAAAAAGCAUUUUCCAACAGCUAAUAAAUAUGUAAAAAUGUUAGAAAUCGGUGCUUUAAAACAAGGUAUAUAUGAAAGUGUACCAUCAUUUUGGGCAAAAAUUAAAAAAUAUGGGGAUCAACUUGGAUUUACUCCAGCACAAAAGAAAACACAAUUUUUAUCAGGAGUUAGAAAAGAUAUUAGAGAUGAGAUUUAUAGAAUCGGACAAACAAAACCAAUUAAUGAUAUUAUUGAUAGUUUAGCAGAACUUGAAUUACAUCGUGGGGUAUUAGAGCAACCGCCAUCACCUCUUAGUUAUACACCAGCCCCUCCUACUAUUUCCAAUAAUGUACCUCAACAACAAGGGAUUUCCUUGGCAGAUAUACAAAAAUAUUUCAAGAUGCACAGGUACAGCAAAAAACUGAAAACCAGGCAUUAG